GGUUGACAGACCCUGCCUCUUCCGGGGCGGAGCUUUGGAUCUACUGGGCAAACACACACUUUGCACGGUGUGUGUGUGUGUGCGUGUGUGUGUGUGUGCGUGUGAGUGUGUGUGUGUGUCCUACCGCCUGACAGUCGUUUCAAACAGUUGUCAGACAGACACACACACACACAGGGAGCGAGCACCGGUCAGUGUCCGCCUCACGAUGCUGUGCGCUCGGAUGUGGAGACGCCCGGUUCCCCUUCUCUGCGGAGGAGCCUGGAGACGAACCCGGAGCCACGCUACCGCUGCCGCCGCUGCCAGGCUGGACCUCAGCGGCAUCUACCCGCCCAUCGCCACCCCGUUCACCGCCAAGGAGGACGUGGACCACCGGGGACUGGAGGGAAACCUGCAGAAAUAUGCCAAGAUACCGUUUAAAGGUCUGGUGGUGCAGGGCUCCAACGGAGAGUACCCGUACCUGACGGAGGAGGAGCGGGUGGAGGUGGUGAAGACGGUCAGACGCUCGCUGCCGGCGGACAAACUGCUGAUGGUCGGAUCAGGCUGUGAAUCCACCAGAGCCACCCUGCAGCUCACGGAGAAGAUGGCGGCGGCCGGCGCCGACGUCGUCCUGGUGGUGACUCCCUGCUUCUACAAGGGGAAGAUGGACAGUCGCGCCCUGAUCCAGCACUUUACAAAGGUGGCGGACAGUAGUGCGGUGCCGGUGGUGCUCUACAGCGUUCCAGCCAACACUGGACUGGAGCUGCCGCUGGACGCUGUGGUGACUCUGUCUCAGCAUCCGAACAUCGUGGGCCUGAAGGACAGCGGAGGAGACAUCACACGGAUCGGCCUGAUUGUUCACAGAACCAAAGCGGAGGAUUUCCAGGUGCUGGCGGGCUCAGCGGGGUUCCUCAUGGCCGCCUAUUGUGUUG